AUGCCGGCACGGGGCGGGGCGAGGACGGGCCUAGGAAGGCCGCCCGCGUUCUCGUGUCCCCGUCCCUGCUGCACGUGUCUGCGCCCCGUCCUCACGCCCCGUUCCCCGUCCCGGUCCCCGCGCCCCGCGUUCUCGUGUCCCCGUCCCGGUCCCCGCGCCCCGCGUUCUCGUGUCCCCGUCCCGGUCCCCGCGCCCCGCGUUCUCGUGUCCCCGCGCCCCGCGUUCUCUGUGUCCCGGCCCGGCCCCGCCCGCGCCGGUGGUCACGGCGGCCCCGUCUCCGCAGAGUUCCGGCUGGUCAACGGCAGCCAGGCCUGCGAGGGCCGCGUGGAGCUGCAGGUGCGGGGCGCCUGGGCGCCGCUGUGCGCCGCGCACUGGGACCUGGCGGACGCCGCGGUGCUGUGUCGGCAGCUGGGCUGCGGCCCGGCGUUGGCGGCCGCGCCCGCGGGAGGCCGCUUCGGCGGCGGGGACGCGCGCUGCUGGCCGGACGCCUUCCACUGCGCGGGCACCGAGCCGCACCUGCUGAGCUGCCCCGCGGGCACGCUAGGGGCGGCGGCCUGCGCCCCGGGACACGCGGCGGCCGCCGUCUGCGCAGGCCUCCCCGGCGCGGUGAGGCUGCGGGACGGCCAGAGCCGCUGUGACGGGCGCGUGGAGGCGGCCCUGGAGGGCGCGUGGGGCCGCGUGCUGGACGACGCGUGGGACCUGCGCGGCGCGGCCGUGGUGUGCCGGCAGCUGGGCUGCGGGGCUGCGGAGCGGGCCUACGACGCGCCGGCCCCGGUCCGAGGCGCGGGCCGCGCCCUGCUGAGCCGCGUGCGCUGCCGGGGCUCCGAGGCCCGGCUGAGCCAGUGCGACGUGUCCGCCUCGGCGCCGGGGCCCGCGGGGGCCGCGAGGGACGCGGGCGUGGUGUGCGCGGGGAGCCUCCGCGUGCGCCUGGCCGGGGGCUCCGGCCGCUGCGCGGGCCGCGUGGAGAUCCUCCGCCGGGGCACGUGGGGCACCGUGUGCGACGACGCGUGGGACCUGCGGGACGCGGCCGUGGUGUGCAGGCAGCUGGGCUGCGGCCGCGCCCUGGGCGCCCGGGGGGCCGCGCGCUUCGGGGCGGGCGCAGGGCCCAUCUGGAUGGACGAAGUCGGCUGCCUGGGCAAUGAGUCCGCCCUGUGGCAGUGCCCUUCGCGGGGCUGGGGCCGGCACGACUGCAGCCACAAGGAGGAUGCGGGCGUCUUCUGCUCAGGCCCUGCCCAGGAGGGCGCUCUGCGGGCGAUCGGGGGCCCCGACGGCUGCUCCGGGCGCGUGGAACUCUGGCACGCGGGCUCCUGGGGCACCGUGUGCGACGACUCCUGGGACCUGGCGGAUGCGGAGGUCGCGUGCCGCCAGCUGGGCUGCGGCCGGGCCGUGGAGGCCGCGCCGGGGGCCGCCUUCGGCCCGGGCGCGGGGCCCGUGUGGCUGGAUGAGGUGGGCUGCCGGGGCAGCGAGGCGUCCCUGUGGCGCUGCCCCGCGGAGCCGUGGGGACGCGGAGACUGCACCCACAAGGAGGACGCGGGCGUGCGGUGCUCAGGUUCUGGAAUGUCUGGGCACUUGCCAUCAGAAGGUAUCUACGAGCACAUUGAAGCUGUUUCUGUGGAGAAGAAGCAAGAGGAGCCCACAGUGUCCAGAGACCUGGUGCAGGAGCAGGAUUAUGACGAUGUGGGAGACACAGAGGAAGACUCUGGAGAGGAGGAGGAGGAGGAGGAAGAGGAAGAAGAGGAGGACGGGGCCUUCCUGAGCCCGGCGGACCACAUUCUCCAUGUCCUGACCACAUGUGUCCAAGACCACAUUCCCCAUGUCCUGACCACAUGUGUACAAGACCACAUUCUCCAUGUCCUGACCACAUGUGUCCAAGACCACAUUCCCCUUGUCCUGACCACGUGUGUCCAAGACCACAUUCUCCAUGUCCUGACCACCUUCAUCCAAGACCACAUUCCCCUUGUCCUGACCACGUUCAUCCAAGACUACAUUCCCCAUGUACUGACCACAUGUGUCCAAGACCACAUUCUCCAUGUCCUGACCACAUGUGUCCAAGACCACAUUCUCCAUGUCCUGACCACAUGUGUCCAAGACCACAUUCUCCAUGUCCUGACCACAUGUGUCCAAAACCACAUUCUCCAUGUCCUGACCAUGUUCAGCCAAGGCCACAUUCUCCAUGUCCUGACCACCUUCCUCCAAGACCACAUUCCCCAUGUCCUGAACACAUGUGUCCAAGACCACAUUCUCCAUGUCCUGACCAUAUUUUUCCAAGACUACAUUCUCCACGUCCUGACCAUGGUCAUCCAAGACCAUAUCCUCCAUAUCCUGACCACAUGGACACCCCAUCUUCGUGUGAGGCAGAGGAAGCCCAUGCUCUCCUGCAUGGCCUUGUUCGUGGCAGCCAAAACGCUGCUGUACAGGGACCCUGGACCCGUCACACCUGGAGACAUGGCGCUCUCCCCUCUGGGGCUGGGGGCUGUUCUUCUGGCCUGCUGGGCCUCUCCCCCUGGUCCGGCUGGAGCGGAGUCUGUGACUCUCCUGGAUGGCACAAACCACUGUGAGGGCCGUCUGCACCUUCAGCAUCAUGGCCAGCAGGGCUUUGUGUGUGGGGACCACUGGGGCCUGCGGGAGGCCACAGUGACCUGCAGACAGCUUGACUGUGGCCAUGUACUAGCUGCUCCUCAGUUUGUUUUACGGCCUGAAGAGAUGAGUGGGCUGUGGCUGUUUGGAACCCAGUGCCAGGGGGAGGAGGCCACCCUCGGGGAGUGCUCGCUGGGGAGCUGGGGCCUGAUCGCCGACUGCAAGUGCCAAUGUGUGGUGUCAAUCAUCUGCUCAAGUAGUACCUUGGGAAAAAUUAGACUGCACGGCGGUGGAAGCCCUUGUGCAGGGACCCCAGAGUCAAUCAACCUUGCUGGCUUCGCCCUGCGGUGUGACUUGCAGCAGCAGGAGGCAAGUGUGUUUUGCAGACAGCUGGAGUGCGGCGCUGCUCUGCAGUGGUCGAGAACCUACCCUGGAGGGGACCCUGAGAGUCAGGAGCAGAAGAUUGUGUCCUGUCAGGGGACAGAGGCCAACAUUUUCCAGUGCAAGAUCAACGUGAACUUCCUAGAGCAGUGUUACCGUCCAACCUACACCCAAGUGGUGUGCACAGGACACGUGGAAGCCCGCCUGGCGGGCGGCGACCACCCCUGUGCAGGGCGCCUGGAGGUCCUGCGCGGCCUGACCUGGGGCACGGUCUGCGAUGCUGACCUGGACCUGCCCACAGCCCACGUGGUGUGCCGGGAGCUGGGCUGCGGGGUGGCGGUGUCCACACCUGGGGGCGCCCACUUCGGCCAGGGGUCAGGGCCUGUGUGGACGGAGGCCUUCCGCUGUGUGGGCAACGAGUCGCUGCUGUUCCACUGCCCAAGGGAGCCUGGGCGCCGGUGCGCACACGGCCAGGAUGCCGCACUUGUCUGCUCAGGGGAAAAGUUCCGGCUGGUCAACGGCAGCCAGGCCUGCGAGGGCCGCGUGGAGCUGCAGGUGCGGGGCGCCUGGGCGCCGCUGUGCGCCGCGCACUGGGACCUGGCGGACGCCGCGGUGCUGUGUCGGCAGCUGGGCUGCGGCCCGGCGUUGGCGGCCGCGCCCGCGGGAGGCCGCUUCGGCGGCGGGGACGCGCGCUGCUGGCCGGACGCCUUCCACUGCGCGGGCACCGAGCCGCACCUGCUGAGCUGCCCCGCGGGCACGCUGGGGGCGGCGGCCUGCGCCCCGGGACACGCGGCGGCCGCCGUCUGCGCAGGCCUCCCCGGCGCGGUGAGGCUGCGGGACGGUCAGAGCCGCUGUGACGGGCGCGUGGAGGCGGCCCUGGAGGGCGCGUGGGGCCGCGUGCUGGACGACGCGUGGGACCUGCGCGGCGCGGCCGUGGUGUGCCGGCAGCUGGGCUGCGGGGCUGCGGAGCGGGCCUACGACGCGCCGGCCCCGGUCCGAGGCGCGGGCCGCGCCCUGCUGAGCCGCGUGCGCUGCCGGGGCUCCGAGGCCCGGCUGAGCCAGUGCGACGUGUCCGCCUCGGCGCCGGGGCCCGCGGGGGCCGCGAGGGACGCGGGCGUGGUGUGCGCGGGGAGCCUCCGCGUGCGCCUGGCCGGGGGCUCCGGCCGCUGCGCGGGCCGCGUGGAGAUCCUCCGCCGGGGCACGUGGGGCACCGUGUGCGACGACGCGUGGGACCUGCGGGACGCGGCCGUGGUGUGCAGGCAGCUGGGCUGCGGCCGCGCCCUGGGCGCCCGGGGGGCCGCGCGCUUCGGGGCGGGCGCAGGGCCCAUCUGGAUGGACGAAGUCGGCUGCCUGGGCAAUGAGUCCGCCCUGUGGCAGUGCCCUUCGCGGGGCUGGGGCCGGCACGACUGCAGCCACAAGGAGGAUGCGGGCGUCUUCUGCUCAGAGUCCGUGGCACUGAGGCUUCGAGGCAGUAGCAGAGACUGUGCUGGGUGGCUGGACGUGCUGUACAAUGGGUCCUGGGGUGCUGUGUGCAGCAAUGCCCUCAGGGAUGUCUCCGUGACUGUCAUCUGCAGGCAGCUGGGGUGUGGGGACUGGGGCUGGCUGGAAAGCAGGCCCCCGGCUCCGGCAGGCUCAGGCAUCUCCUGGGUCGACAGAAUUGAGUGCCGCAGGCCACACAGCUCCACUCUGUGGCAGUGUCCCUCCUCGCCCUGGCACCCUCAGUCCUGUGCCCCAGGAGAGGAGGUCUGGAUCUCCUGCUCAGGUGGGUGCUGUGUACCACAGGCCUCUGGGGAGACACUCAACUGCUCAUCCCCACUCAGCUGCCACGAGGAGGGCGCUCUGCGGGCGAUCGGGGGCCCCGACGGCUGCUCCGGGCGCGUGGAACUCUGGCACGCGGGCUCCUGGGGCACCGUGUGCGACGACUCCUGGGACCUGGCGGAUGCGGAGGUCGCGUGCCGCCAGCUGGGCUGCGGCCGGGCCGUGGAGGCCGCGCCGGGGGCCGCCUUCGGCCCGGGCGCGGGGCCCGUGUGGCUGGAUGAGGUGGGCUGCCGGGGCAGCGAGGCGUCCCUGUGGCGCUGCCCCGCGGAGCCGUGGGGACGCGGAGACUGCACCCACAAGGAGGACGCGGGCGUGCGGUGCUCAGGUUCUGGAAUGUCUGGGCACUUGCCAUCAGAAGGUAUCUACGAGCACAUUGAAGCUGUUUCUGUGGAGAAGAAGCAAGAGGAGCCCACAGUGUCCAGAGACCUGGUGCAGGAGCAGGAUUAUGACGAUGUGGGAGACACAGAGGAAGACUCUGGAGAGGAGGAGGAGGAGGAGGAAGAGGAAGAAGAGGAGGACGGGGCCUUCCUGAGCCCGGCGGACCACAUUCUCCAUGUCCUGACCACAUGUGUCCAAGACCACAUUCCCCAUGUCCUGACCACAUGUGUACAAGACCACAUUCUCCAUGUCCUGACCACAUGUGUCCAAGACCACAUUCCCCUUGUCCUGACCACGUGUGUCCAAGACCACAUUCUCCAUGUCCUGACCACCUUCAUCCAAGACCACAUUCCCCUUGUCCUGACCACGUUCAUCCAAGACUACAUUCCCCAUGUACUGACCACAUGUGUCCAAGACCACAUUCUCCAUGUCCUGACCACAUGUGUCCAAGACCACAUUCUCCAUGUCCUGACCACAUGUGUCCAAGACCACAUUCUCCAUGUCCUGACCACAUGUGUCCAAAACCACAUUCUCCAUGUCCUGACCAUGUUCAGCCAAGGCCACAUUCUCCAUGUCCUGACCACCUUCCUCCAAGACCACAUUCCCCAUGUCCUGAACACAUGUGUCCAAGACCACAUUCUCCAUGUCCUGACCAUAUUUUUCCAAGACUACAUUCUCCACGUCCUGACCAUGGUCAUCCAAGACCAUAUCCUCCAUAUCCUGACCACAUGGACACCCCAUCUUCGUGUGAGGCAGAGGAAGCCCAUGCUCUCCUGCAUGGCCUUGUUCGUGGCAGCCAAAACGCUGCUGUACAGGGACCCUGGACCCGUCACACCUGGAGACAUGGCGCUCUCCCCUCUGGGGCUGGGGGCUGUUCUUCUGGCCUGCUGGGCCUCUCCCCCUGGUCCGGCUGGAGCGGAGUCUGUGACUCUCCUGGAUGGCACAAACCACUGUGAGGGCCGUCUGCACCUUCAGCAUCAUGGCCAGCAGGGCUUUGUGUGUGGGGACCACUGGGGCCUGCGGGAGGCCACAGUGACCUGCAGACAGCUUGACUGUGGCCAUGUACUAGCUGCUCCUCAGUUUGUUUUACGGCCUGAAGAGAUGAGUGGGCUGUGGCUGUUUGGAACCCAGUGCCAGGGGGAGGAGGCCACCCUCGGGGAGUGCUCGCUGGGGAGCUGGGGCCUGAUCGCCGACUGCAAGUGCCAAUGUGUGGUGUCAAUCAUCUGCUCAAGUAGUACCUUGGGAAAAAUUAGACUGCACGGCGGUGGAAGCCCUUGUGCAGGGACCCCAGAGUCAAUCAACCUUGCUGGCUUCGCCCUGCGGUGUGACUUGCAGCAGCAGGAGGCAAGUGUGUUUUGCAGACAGCUGGAGUGCGGCGCUGCUCUGCAGUGGUCGAGAACCUACCCUGGAGGGGACCCUGAGAGUCAGGAGCAGAAGAUUGUGUCCUGUCAGGGGACAGAGGCCAACAUUUUCCAGUGCAAGAUCAACGUGAACUUCCUAGAGCAGUGUUACCGUCCAACCUACACCCAAGUGGUGUGCACAGGACACGUGGAAGCCCGCCUGGCGGGCGGCGACCACCCCUGUGCAGGGCGCCUGGAGGUCCUGCGCGGCCUGACCUGGGGCACGGUCUGCGAUGCUGACCUGGACCUGCCCACAGCCCACGUGGUGUGCCGGGAGCUGGGCUGCGGGGUGGCGGUGUCCACACCUGGGGGCGCCCACUUCGGCCAGGGGUCAGGGCCUGUGUGGACGGAGGCCUUCCGCUGUGUGGGCAACGAGUCGCUGCUGUUCCACUGCCCAAGGGAGCCUGGGCGCCGGUGCGCACACGGCCAGGAUGCCGCACUUGUCUGCUCAGGGGAAAAGUUCCGGCUGGUCAACGGCAGCCAGGCCUGCGAGGGCCGCGUGGAGCUGCAGGUGCGGGGCGCCUGGGCGCCGCUGUGCGCCGCGCACUGGGACCUGGCGGACGCCGCGGUGCUGUGUCGGCAGCUGGGCUGCGGCCCGGCGUUGGCGGCCGCGCCCGCGGGAGGCCGCUUCGGCGGCGGGGACGCGCGCUGCUGGCCGGACGCCUUCCACUGCGCGGGCACCGAGCCGCACCUGCUGAGCUGCCCCGCGGGCACGCUGGGGGCGGCGGCCUGCGCCCCGGGACACGCGGCGGCCGCCGUCUGCGCAGGCCUCCCCGGCGCGGUGAGGCUGCGGGACGGUCAGAGCCGCUGUGACGGGCGCGUGGAGGCGGCCCUGGAGGGCGCGUGGGGCCGCGUGCUGGACGACGCGUGGGACCUGCGCGGCGCGGCCGUGGUGUGCCGGCAGCUGGGCUGCGGGGCUGCGGAGCGGGCCUACGACGCGCCGGCCCCGGUCCGAGGCGCGGGCCGCGCCCUGCUGAGCCGCGUGCGCUGCCGGGGCUCCGAGGCCCGGCUGAGCCAGUGCGACGUGUCCGCCUCGGCGCCGGGGCCCGCGGGGGCCGCGAGGGACGCGGGCGUGGUGUGCGCGGGGAGCCUCCGCGUGCGCCUGGCCGGGGGCUCCGGCCGCUGCGCGGGCCGCGUGGAGAUCCUCCGCCGGGGCACGUGGGGCACCGUGUGCGACGACGCGUGGGACCUGCGGGACGCGGCCGUGGUGUGCAGGCAGCUGGGCUGCGGCCGCGCCCUGGGCGCCCGGGGGGCCGCGCGCUUCGGGGCGGGCGCAGGGCCCAUCUGGAUGGACGAAGUCGGCUGCCUGGGCAAUGAGUCCGCCCUGUGGCAGUGCCCUUCGCGGGGCUGGGGCCGGCACGACUGCAGCCACAAGGAGGAUGCGGGCGUCUUCUGCUCAGAGCUCACCGAAGUGAGGCUGACCCAUGGCAGGCGGCCGUGCGCCGGGCGCCUGGAGGUGUUCUACAACGGCACCUGGGGUGGGGUCUGCCCGACCCUGAGCGCAGCCUCGCUGGGCGUCCUGUGCGCGCAGCUGGGCUGCGGGCCCCAGGGGCAGCCGCUGGCCAGGGAGCGCAGCCCGCCUCCGCCCGGGGCCCGCUGGCUGGCCUCCGUCGAGUGCAGGGAGCGGCACGACAGGUCCCUGUGGCAGUGCCCCUCCGCCCCCUGGGCCCGGCACUCCUGUCCCAGUGAGGAGGAGGCCUGGGUGCUGUGUGAGGGCGCUCUGCGGGCGAUCGGGGGCCCUGACGGCUGCUCCGGGCGCGUGGAACUCUGGCACGCGGGCUCCUGGGGCACCGUGUGCGACGACUCCUGGGACCUGGCGGAUGCGGAGGUCGCGUGCCGCCAGCUGGGCUGCGGCCCGGCCGUGGAGGCCGCGCCAGGGGCCGCCUUCGGCCCGGGCGCGGGGCCCGUGUGGCUGGAUGAGGUGGGCUGCCGGGGCAGCGAGGCGUCCCUGUGGCGCUGCCCCGCGGAGCCGUGGGGACGCGGAGACUGCACCCACAAGGAGGACGCGGGCGUGCGGUGCUCAGGUUCUGGCAUGUCUGCUCACCUGCCCCCCGAGGGUGUCUAUGAGGACAUUGAAGCUGCUCCUGUGGAGGAGAAAGAAGAGUCCUCAGUGUCCAGAUGCCUGGAACAGGAGGAUUAUGAUGACGCAGGAGACCCAGAGGAAGACCUUGGGGAGCGGCAGGAGGAGGAGGAGGCAGGGCUGAGCCUGGCAGGUGGGGCUUCUUACAACCUGAGUCCUGAUGCUGAGACAGAAGACAGUGGCCAUCCUUGGGCCAGCCUGCGGUGA